AUGCAUUGCACAGCAGUGGUGUGCCUACCGUACACCUCCGAGGCGCCUGCAAUGCCGACCAUGACAGGACACAUCCCGCAACACUACGAGCACGACAGUGCGCUUCAGAUCGGCUUUGAUGAUCUCCAGGGAUUCUCUCCCGUUACACAAGCCUUCAACAUCAACGCUUAUCGCACGCCAUACCCCGACAGCAUCGCAACAUCCACAUCAUCAGCCACAUCGCCCGAACGCACCAAUGCAAGUCUCCUCACCGAUCCGGUUGUUGUCGAAGCAGAAGAGGACAAGCGAAAACGCAAUCAAGCUGCUUCCGCACGCUUCCGGCAGAAGAAGAAGCAGCGCGAGCAGCAGCUCAUGGAGACGAGUCAAAAGAUGCAAGACCGGACCAAGAAGCUCGAAGCCGAAAACGAUGGGCUGAAGAAAGAGAACAUGUUUUUGAAGAAGCUGCUCGUCGAGAAGGUGGAUCACAUGAGCGAUGAGGAUCGGGAGCUGCUCAAGAAAGCCGCCGAAGGCGCGCUAGCUGGAGUAAUUGGAAAGAAGUCUUGA